AUGAAAAAGUGGCUUUAGAAAAAAUUAAACUAAAACCUAUAAGAAGAUUAAAAUAAGCAUAGACUAAGUAGAAAAGAACGAUAUAUGAGAAAAUAUUUGAAUUCAGAAAAAUGUUACAAUUAUUGGGAGAUUAUGGCAUCCAAUAAUUUAAUUUAAGUAAAUCUAAAUAGAGAAUCAUAAGGAUUUAUUAAAUAAAUUUAAGAAAUAUUUAAAAGUCCUGAAUAAAUCUUUGAUGUUGAAUUGCAAUAAAAAUUAAUGGAGUUGUAUAGUCUUUAAGAUGAAUAAACACCAGUAUUAGCAAUUUUUGCUGUUGGAUUUCAUCAUAAAAGAGGAUCAGAAAUAGAAUAUUGUUAUCCAGAGUUAUCAUAAUUAACAAAUGAUAAAGAAAAUAUAAUAAAUACAGUUACGACAUGUGCUUUGCCGGAUGCCGUUCAUAAUGCAAAUGAAGAUUACCUAUAUUUUAAUUUUGAUGCAUAAAUAAAUGGUUAGAGGAAACAUAUAUUUGGUGUAACAUGCUUCAAAUAAAUAAAAGUAACAGAAGAGUUGAAAAAAUAAAAUCCUGAAUUGACUAGAGGACAUAUUUAAAAGGCAAUUUGUUUAUUAUCAUUUGUACCUCUUUUUGGAUAUAUAAAGAGUAGAUUAGAACCUACUAUAUAAGCUUAUUUUUAAUUGUAAGAUUUUAAAGAUAUGUCCAUUUUAAAUUAUGCAUUUGAUAGUAUUUAAUAAACCUUUGAUUUAAAGAAUGUUGAAAUCUCAGCUUUAUACACUGAUACAAAUUUAAUUGGGUUAUUUUGGAUUUUUAAAGAUAAGAUAUUUAAGAUCCUUAAAGCCAUUUAAUUUUAAUUAAAGAUUAUUAUAUAUUCAUAAUCUUCUAGUGUAUGUUCUAGAUUUAUUAUAAGUUUAUUAUCAUUAAUUCCAGGUUUAUUAAAUUUUAAUUUGUAAUCUAAGAAAUCUUUAAUUUAAGUAAUUAAAUAAAUAUUAUUUUAAGGCAAGCUAUUUAAGUAAUUUUGGUUUACCUUUCAAAAUAUUUACUGAAUCCUAUCAAUUAUUUAUGCAUUUUAGUGUGAUAGACAUCAAUACGAUAUAGAACAGCAAUAUUAAAGGUUAUUUGAUAGGGACAACGAGCAAAUUUAUUAAGGGUUUAAAUCAAUUGAAUCCUGAGAUUAUAAUUGAUAUUGACACAGGAGAAUUAAAUAUUUUAAAAGAAUAACAUAAAAAAUUAUUAAAGUAAUUUAUUUUUAUAAUUAAGUCUCAAACUAAAUGAAAAAUAAUUGUAUAGUGCUAUAAAUACUGAAUGUUUAAAAUCAUUAGAUUAAAAUUAAUAAGAUUAAUUAAAAAAAUUAAUUCCUAUUUAAAAUCAAAAGAUCACAUUUUAAGGAAGUGAAGAUUGGAUUAGAAAAAUAAUUCAUGAUCAUUUAAUAAAAUUGUUAUCAGAAAUUAGUUAUUUUGCAAUUAAUUUAUAAACAUUUGAUGAACGUAUCAAUAAGUUAACUGCAAUAAGAACUAGAAAGAGUAUGAUAAUAAAAUAAGAAAUAAGUCCAUAAGAUGUAAUAUUAGAAUCUAUAAUAAAAAGAGCUCUGAUGAUGAAGAAAAUGCAUCUUAAGACCCGUAAAAAUUAGAAAUAAAGAAACAUAAAGAAGAUUUAGUUGAAGAAUUAAAAAUUAAGGAAUAUCGCAAUUUACUAUAUGACUUAAUGAGAGUGAUAAGAAAACAUAAUAGAAAAGGUAUCAUUUAUUGGAUUACAAAAACUGAGAAUGGACUUAAUUGGUUGAAAUCAUUUGAUUAUUCAAUAAUCACUAAUUCUGAAUGUUUUGAUAAAAGUUCAACAGUGCCAUUUUAUAAAGUUUUUGAAAAUGCAGAUAUUUAUAUAGGAAAUAUGUAAUAUGGUGGAAUGAUAGAAUUAUUUUAAAAAAGAGUAUAUUUGGGGUAAAUUCAAGAUUUUCUAAAGCAUGGUUAAGGAAGAUAUGAAAAAUUAAUAGAUAAGAAAUUUUAAUAUAAAGGUCAAUUCAAACAUAAUAAGUUUCAUGGUGAUGGUAUAUUAAUAGUUGUAAAUGAAUUUCAAUAUAAUGGUCAUUUUGAGUAAAUAUUUUUUAUAAUUUUAGAAAUAAUUAAUUUAAUGGUUAUGGCAAUUUGUAAAAAGAUAAUUUAAUUUAUGAAGGAUGGUUUAAAAAUGGUUCUUAUAGUGGAACUGGAAAAUUAAUAUUGCCAAACAAAGAUGUUUAUGUAGGUUAAUUUUUAGAAGGCCUCUUUUAAGGAGAAGGCUAAUAUGUUUGGGCUAAUGGUGAUAUUUAUAAAGGAAUUUAUAAAGCAGGAAAAAGACAUGGCAUGGGAAUAUAUUUUAGUAAAAAUUGAUUUUAUAAUUAAUUCAGCUAAAUUAUACACAUAUGAAGGAGAAUGGGUUGAAGAUUUAAAAGAUGGAUUUGGAGUGAUUACAUUAUAAGAGAAUAAUUGUAAAUACUAAGGGUAAUUUUAAAAAGAUGAGUUUUUAUUAAAUUAAGAUAUUAUUAUCAAAUUCCCAGAUGACAGCAUUUAUAAAGGUAAAUGAGAAACUUAUUAUAUAGGAUAGAUUAAAAAUUACAAGCCUCAUGGAAAAGGGUAUUUGUAAUUUAUUGAUGGGAAAUUUUAGGAUGGAAUUUUUAAGGAUGGAAAUUUUAUAGAUUCAAAUCAAGUUGAAUAAUUAAACGAAUAAAUUCCUUUUCAUUCAGAAAAUUAAAUCAUUUAAAAUACUAUUUAAAUAGAUUCUUAAAAUUAAGAAGAUCUUUGUCUAAAUUAAAUAGUUGAUCAAUUGGAGCAUUUACAAUAAUAAAUUGAUGAUAGUUCCAAUUAAUCAAUAUCAUGA